CUCUGGCUUAUCUGCAUAUCUACUAGACAACGGAGAUAGGGAGGUGCAUGGAAGAGGCCCUAAUGAGAAAAAUCUCAGUACCUAAGAAACGCCUUUGAACAGAUAUACCAGUGGUGGUAACUUCAACCUGAAGUCUAACUUCAGUAAUUCAUCUUCGAGAGUCUUGGCUGAGGGCAGAGUUGUGCCAAAAACUGUGAAGAGUUUGGGCUGAAGUGCUGACAUCCAUUUCUCUUUGAGAAAGAAAAGAUAUCACAGUCUUCUACCUGUAUAGUCCCAAGUGACUAAGAGAGAAGUAUGCUUGACUGAGCCGGAGACAAAAGGAGAAGAACACAGUACAAGGGGUGAAAAAAGACAAGACGCGACUACAAAAAGACAAGACAGAACAAGGCAAGGCCAAAGAAGACGAGACGAAAGACAAAGAGCAACAACACAUAACAAGACACGAGAAAGGAAGGCAAGGAAGCAGAUUUCAACAGGACAAGAUCUGAAAAGACAAAGGACAAGCAAAGUAGCAAUGGGAGACAAGACCAAAUAAAGCAAGAGAAGGCAAGUAAAGAGAUCAUUCAAGGGACCACACCAAACUUUAGUGUACCGUUGGGAUCAGUUGAGUUUGAGAAGCCAAAGAAAAAUGGCAUGUCAGGCAUUCAGCACAGACUCUUUCACUCCACUGGCAGGAGAUUCAGCCUUGCCAAUCCUCAUGCAUCACGCCUCUACCAGUGACUGCCUGCCGGCCACCUCUCAUGCACACAGCAUGGUUUCAACAGUAUCAUCUGGGCUGUCCCUGGGUCAGACCUCCAAGCGUUCCCACAUGCACCUGCCCACCUCCUCCCUCAGCACCACUCUUGGCAACAGUCCCCCAAGCCUACAUUACCCAGUCACCCCCUGUCACUACAGCAACCAGCAGGCCACCUAUGGCAUGAUGGCAGCUCAGGAGAUGCUCUCUGCCAGCAUUUCUCAGACUCGUAUCCUGCAGACCUGUGGUGUCCCUCACCCUAACAUGGUGAGCGGUGCAAACCCAUUGCAAGGGUCUCUUACACCAUGCUUGUACAAGUUUCCUGAUCAUGGUCUAAAUAGUGGCUCUUGUGCAUUAAGCCAUGGUUUCUCCUCACUGCCCUCGGUCCUCCUCUCAACUGAUGAGGCCCCGGGGGGCCCCAGUGUUGGUGAGAUGAAAAGCGACACCCAAAGGAAGAGCAUGAGGGACCCUGAUGAUGCCCCUGCCAUGGACUCCCCACAGAUUCGAGAGCUGGAGAUGUUCGCCAAUGACUUCAAGAUACGGAGGAUCAAACUUGGCUACACCCAGACUAAUGUAGGCGAGGCUCUUGCUGCAGUGCAUGGCUCGGAGUUCAGCCAGACCACAAUCUGCCGCUUUGAAAAUCUGCAGCUGAGCUUUAAGAAUGCCUGCAAACUCAAGGCCAUUCUGACAAAAUGGCUGAACGAAGCUGAGCUGGCUGGUGCCUUGUACAACGAUAAAAUAGGAAUGAAUGAACGAAAGAGAAAAAGGAGAACAACUAUCAGCCUGGGAGCGAAAGAGGCUCUGGAGCACAGCUUUGUGGAGAAAAGUAAGCCAUCCUCUCAAGAAAUAGCCCGGAUAGCUAAAGGCCUCCACCUGGAGAAAGAGGUGGUCAGAGUCUGGUUCUGCAACCGACGCCAAAGGGAGAAACGGGUUAAAACAAGCCUCAGCCUCAGCUCCUGUUUGACCAAAAUUAGUCCAAACUGCAUAGCACAGAUGAGUAAAACACAAAGGCCGAUGACGUAAUUGAAAGCUCACAUAGAGAGAGUGGUGAUCACUGAUUGAGGCUCCUUUACGGACACAGUGAAGGAAAAUGUUUUACUUUUAAAUCAAAUGUCUCUCAAAUGUGAAUUGGGAGGAUUUUACUGAACAGGACAUGGAAAAGGCUAAUAAUAAAAACUGCCCUCACCCUGCAGUAAGCAGCUGCUGAUGCACUUAAAACUUCAGAUGAGAAUAUAUGUCCCAAAAACAGUCACCCUGACAAAAAAUAAAAUAAAGUAAUACACUCCAAUACAAUUUUGUUUGUGUCAGCAGUAAAUGCCAGUUUAGUCCCUACAGACAUCCCUCAUUGCAGUUUUCUUUAUUCCAUUUUAUGCUGUUUUUUAUUUACCAGAAUAGAAACUUUGCAGUAUUUUAACCUUCGUAUGUCUCAGAAAAAUUCUAUUUGAAAAAAUAUGUAUAAAUGUCAAAGAGCAACCGAGUCAAUAAGUUUUCCUUUUCAAAGUUGAAACUGUGAAGAUACGAUGUAAAAUGUAUUCAUCAACUGCAUAAUAUGCACCAGUCCUGACAUUUAAAUGUACUGAAUCUCAGCCGCCCCCCCGCAAACCCCGAGCAGCUAGAUGAUAUAGAAAUGAUAUAGAUAUAAGAAAUGGAUGGAAGGAUGAAUCUCGGUUGUGCCUUGUUUGCUAUGUGAAUACUGAAAGUAAUAUUACACACACACAGAUCAGACAUCAUUGAAUCCAUCAGCACCUGACUGUAGAUGAGUGCUCUUAUCCAUCAGCCCUGUGCCUUUCUAAAAACAGACUUAGCAAUUCUGUCCUUAACUUUAUCCUUUUUUUUGUGCAAGAGUCUUCUACAUUAACAUCUGCAUUCACUCACUGACUCUUUGUGUUGUAGUUGUCUGUAUUUAGUGUAUUUGUGAUUAGUGCUGAUGCCUCUGUGCCCUCUUUUUAUUUACUUUUCAGUGUACUGAAAAAUGUUUGAUGAUGCUUUAUUUAAAUGAAUAUAGCCGUGGUCAAAACAGUAAUAUAUUUAAAGUUUCACAACAACCUAUUUAUUUGAGAUCUAAUAUAUAAUGCUGAUCUACUUACAGUGUAGUGAAGUCAGGGAUAUGUGAAACAUUUUGACAAUACUGUCAACAAAAGGAUCUGAAGUUGUAAGGUAGCAUUCAUUUUUCAUGUUUGUUGAUGUUAUGCUUUUGCCGUUGCUGCCUUGACAAAGUGUCAUACAAAGACAAACACCAGUCAGUCACGACUCUGACCUGGUUGGGAUGACUGAUGUGAAACAUCUUAAUAAAGUGAAGAAACAAGCUCACUCCCUCUCAGAAAAACUUUGGCCUUGAUAUUCAACUUUAUAUCAGAGACCAUUAAUUGGUCUCUGGAAAAGCCAUAAAAAACUGAUGAAUGAAGAUAUGUGACAUAUAAAAAUGUCAGACAGAUAUGAAGUGCUUUUACUCAACUGGUUAAAAACAAAAUUUGCCAAAGAUAUAUCUGGUUAGAAAUUGUCCCUUCCAGUUCCUAGACACUGAGAGGUAAAUCAGUUUAACUCAUAUCUACCAAACAAUAAACUUACUUAUUUUAUGAUGAACCACAUGUUCCGUCUCUCACUUAUACUGAAGUUGUUAUAUUACACCAUGAAUACAUACAUGAGGAGAGAGAGGUGUACAGCAUGAACCGUACAAUUCAUGCAGGUGAAUUCAUGAAUAAAGCCAGAAGACACUUUAAUUCAGAAAGAAGCAGUCCCUGCAGUGAUUCAUGUACGGCUGUCUAACCAGAGUACUGUCAGAGGAAAUAAAUGCAGCAGGGUCAAAGUGAUAGUACAGUACACUGAAGAUGAUAAAGCUAAUAUGAAGCUUCUUAGGGCUGGCGCCACAGAUGCCCAAAGUUUUAAUUGUACUGCUCUUGGAAGAUACACAUCUGUAUGUUCAGAGAGCACUGUAUCCAUACCACACCCAAGAUGUCAGCAACUAAUCAGUUUUCUAUACAUCUGAAUGCAGACUGUAUGCUGAACAUGAUGCAUUAUUACUAAAAAUGUACAUUUUUCCCCAUAUACUUCAAGUCCCACACACUCUAGCCACCUAUUUAUUUCCCUGUAUUUCUGCAUGAUAUGAACAUCUUGCAAACUGAUUUUAAGUCACUACUGCUCUACUCCAAUGGUGCCACUUAAGCAGGUUUCAAGAGUCUGCAGUCCAUAUGUAAAUGAAAGAGAAUCAAUAGCUGUCCGGAGCAGCUAUUUAAAACACAUAGCCAUCCAUCCAGGCAACCUAACAUGCAUGUCUUUGGACUGUGGGAGGAAGCCGGAGUACCCGGAGAGAACCCACGCAGGCACAGGGAGAACAUGCAAACUCCACACAGAAAAGCCCCGAGUGAACUGGGGUGCAGACCCGGAACCUUCUUGCUGUGAGGCGACAGUGCUAACCACUGCACCACUGUGCUGCCCAGUUACUUAAAACGUAAAAAUCUAAAAAGGAAAAUAAUAAUAAUAAUAAAAUACAGAAUUACAAAAAAAUAGUACAAUUACCGUAUUAUACCUGAAGAAACUUUAUUCCUUAUAAAAGCCAUAAAUCCUUUACAGGGUCACUUUACAAUGACGAAGAAGGAAACAAAGAUGAGUAUACAUACAUCUUUCAAAAAGUGGGAAUUUGGAAUAGCAGUCAAUGUCAAAACUUGUUUCCACUCACAAUCACAGAAGACUGUUAAAAGGUCGAGAUAAGAAUGAUUUUCAAUGAACUGUGACUUGAACAUGUCAGAUACAUGCAAGACUGAAAACAUUUUUAAUCUAUUUUGGCAAUGGGAAUCAGUGUGGAAACAAAAGAUCGGACAGAGAGGACGACAAAGACUACAUUAACGUGAGCAGAUGUCUUUAUCACUCUCACAAAGCCUGAAGCUGGCUGACAUUAACAAAUCACUGUAUAGAGGAAUCCACUUCAGCUCUGACAAAGAGAAAACAUCUCGUAGAUCACAGUGUCACUUUAGCAAACACUUCCAUCAUUUUUGUCGCCGUAGUGUGUGUGUGUGUGUGUGUGUAUGUUUGUGAGUGAGGCAGCUUAAAAUAACAAAUGACAGUAACUGCACAGCAGCCAAGAGAGAAGAGGGACUGCAGGACCACUGCCAUCCUACAAUCACUGUAUAAAUCCCAAGUCCAAUACAAGAUACACAAUCAGAGAGCAAGCAUCAACCAAGAAGCCACAAAAAAAACUAAUUUCAUUACUCAGUAGUAUCAAACAAUCGAUUCAAAACUUUGAUAUGUCGGAUUUUCAUUAGUCCCAAUUUGUUUGUUUAGAUUUGUCUCACAGUCUGUGCAGCAUUGCAUCUUCAGCAGUGCUAAUUAAAUGCUUGCCAGUUUGCCCUCAGAUCAAUCUGUCUCAUCAUCUCAUGCAAGUAAAAUAAAGGCCUUAGUGUAGCCCAAAGGCAUCAAUGUCAGUUACACAUUUCACAUGCAUAUGUGUUCACAACCUUUUGCAGCACACCCACAAGAUUUUAAAACAUGAUAAUUAAUUAUCUAGUUGACCACUUGGUGACUGUAUUUGACUGGGAUGAUGUAUUUUCUCCCUUUCACUUACACGGUAAAAUAACUGUCUCCUAUCUCUGAUGCCCCUGAAUGACAGAGGAAUCAAACAGCAGCAUUUUACCCUCAAAAUAACAGAAAACUUGUCCAAAGAAUGUUUUAACAAGUGUAGUUUGCCUCAGGAAGAAAGUAAACCAGAUGGGUUUUGAAUUAACCGGUGGCUACAAAGAUAGCUGGUGAAUAGUGUGAGUAGGAAAAAUACAGUUCCAUCUGCUUCCUGACAACCCCUAAGCUCUUUUUAAAUCACUGUGUACCAUCUAUCUUCAGUCACAUUAAAACCUGAUUAUUAUUAUUAUUGUUAUUAUAUGACUAACUCAAGUUUGACCAAGACAUCAGAUGGGAAAAAAGAUAACAUAUACACUGUAGCCCUUAUAAAGACAGAGAUGGGUGGUAAACAACAUCGUAGGUGGUUCUUUAGCAUCUAUUAUUGGUUCACCUUCAGGCUGUGGCCACUUAGAUGUCAUAAUAAAUAUUAUUUUCGCAUAAAUAAAUGAGAUGUUUGUGUUUUCGAUCUGUAAGGCAACCCGCCAAAGAGUGGAAGAACGUAUGUGUAUGUGCCUGUGUGUGUGUGUGUGUGUGUGUGUGUGUGUGUGUGUAUGUUGGUGUGCACCUUUUUUUACACCUGUAGCAUCUGAGCCCUGACAAAA